UUUUUUUUUUGGAAAACAGAUGUACUAAGAAUGCAAUUAUUCUGCAAUCACUCUCACCUAUAAUGCAAGAAAAUGCAUAGAAUGCAAAGAAAAAACCUAAAGGAGAUAAGAUCUUAAGUAUUACUAAAAGCUCCUUCCUAUGUUUCUGUUUUCUUCUGGCACAAAGUGAAUGUCUCAGUGUUAAAUAUGUGCCUGUUUUCAGCCCCUGUUUAUUGCUGUUGACCUUGUUGCGAAAGGGGAGGUGUCUGCCAUACUUCAUUGCCUUCUUUAUCUGGCUCAGCUUACGGUUCCACUGAGCCACUGUAGUAGGUUUACCCACCUGAAGAAACGACUGUAAUAAAAAUCCACAAGCAGGGUCCUGCGGCGCACUUCCCGAUUUCCUUCCAAGAUCACGUCUGAGACGCGGGCGGCACAACGCUCACUGGGACCCAGUGCUCCUGUAUCAGAGGAGCCUCGCACCUGGAAGUUUCACUGGAACACUUACUAACAUUAGCACAGCCUUCCGCCAGCGUGCACGGAGGUCUGAGUCCUUCCACCACCCUUACCGGACGGUCACGGGAAGCCAGAAGGUGACGUUACGCAGCGCCGGAGCGCGGCUGUCUUUUAUCCUCAGACAUCCAGUGAGAUGGAACUUGAGGCGGCCCGUUCAGCCGGGCGGAGCCGCGGCCGGCGGCGAGCAGCCCCGCGCUGUGGCAGGAGGUCGGCUGGCUGCCGCGCGCCGCCGCGCUCUGCGGAAGUGGUGCCGCUGCCUUCCUGCCGCCGCCGCUCCCAGCUGGCUCCGGCAGCAACUCGGCGUAGAGCCGGAACGAAACGGAGACCGCUGUCGGCGGAGCGGGUGGAGCUCAGCUGGCUUCACGCUGCCGCGGUCGCUCUCAGUUGUACCGGAACGCUCCUUCCGCCGGGGGCUCGCCCCGCGGGGCGCUCACCCGCCCGAACGCGUCUUCUGCCGGAGCAUCGCUGGCUGGAGCCCGGCCAGGAUUGGCUAUCAGUGUAUCUCUGAUAGAAAUGGAAUGCCUUCUUUAAUCUCCUCAGCAACAAAAGAAGAGGAAAACACAUCGUUCUGAGGACAGAACAAAAAAGGAGAGGUAUCCUUGAUUUGCAGAAGGCAUCUCAAAAUGUCGUGUCGAGCUGCUCUGAGCCCUCUUGUUCGUUCCCCUGGAUGGUGCUUAGUGUUAUCGCCACAAGCCAUCGCAGCCAUUUCCCGUUUCUAUCUCCCUCACCAUACCCAGAGUUUAAGGAAUGAAUCCAUCCGUUAUUGGAGCAACAUCCCAUUUAUCACCAUGCCGCUCAGCCGUGCACAUGGCAAAUCAUUUGCACACCGCAGUGAGCUGAAGCACGCAAAGCGGAUUGUAGUGAAGCUGGGCAGUGCUGUUGUGACAAGAGGGGAUGAAUGUGGCUUGGCUCUUGGGAGGCUGGCAUCUAUUGUGGAGCAGGUGUCAAUGCUGCAGAAUCAGGGCCGAGAGAUGAUGAUUGUCACCAGUGGUGCUGUAGCUUUUGGAAAACAGCGAUUGCGUCAUGAGAUCUUGCUUUCUCAGAGUGUGAGGCAAGCACUUCAUUCAGGCCAAAGUCAGCUAAAAGAUAUGGCUAUUCCAGUCUUGGAGGCCCGAGCAUGUGCAGCAGCUGGCCAGAGUGGACUGAUGGCCUUAUAUGAAGCCAUGUUUACACAGUACAGCAUCUGUGCAGCUCAGAUUUUAGUCACCAAUCUGGAUUUCCAUGAUGAACAGAAGCGUCGGAACUUAAAUGGAACACUACACGAACUUUUAAGAAUGAAUAUUGUCCCUAUAAUUAACACUAAUGAUGCUGUCGUUCCACCUCCAGAACCGAACAGUGAUCUACAGGGGGUAAAUGUGAUUAGCGUGAAGGAUAAUGACAGUCUGGCAGCACGUCUGGCUGUCGAAAUGAAGACCGAUCUCCUUAUUGUUCUUUCAGAUGUAGAAGGACUCUUUGACAGCCCUCCAGGAUCUGAUGAUGCGAAGCUCAUUGACAUAUUCUACCCAGGAGACCAACAGUCUGUGACAUUUGGAACCAAAUCUCGUGUGGGAAUGGGAGGCAUGGAAGCCAAGGUGAAAGCAGCUCUGUGGGCCCUCCAAGGAGGCACUUCUGUAGUGAUUGCAAAUGGAACUCACCCAAAGAUCUCUGGUCAUGUCAUCACAGAUAUUGUGGAAGGGAAAAAAGUUGGAACUUUUUUUUCAGAGGUAAAGCCUGCAGGCCCUACAGUAGAGCAGCAAGGUGAAAUGUCUCGAGCUGGUGGCAGGACCCUGGCAGCUCUGCAGCCUGAGCAGAGAGCAGAGAUUAUUUAUCGUCUUGCUGACUUACUAACUGAUCAAAGAGAAGAAAUUCUCUUGGCAAACAAGAAGGACUUAGAAGAAGCGGAAAAUAAAGGGAGACUGGCUCUUCCUUUAUUGAAACGUCUAAGUCUAUCUACAUCAAAGCUGAACAGCUUGGCUAUUGGACUACGUCAGAUUGCAGCAUCCUCACAGGACAGUGUCGGCCGCAUAAUUCGGAGAACAAGAAUAGCAAAAGACCUGGAGUUGGAGCAGGUGACAGUGCCUAUUGGGGUUCUUCUCGUGAUUUUUGAGUCCCGUCCUGACUGUCUCCCACAGGUGUCUGCUUUGGCUAUUGCUAGUGGAAAUGGUUUGCUACUUAAAGGAGGGAAAGAGGCAGCUUAUAGCAAUCAAAUCCUUCAUCAUCUGACACAAGAAGCGCUUUCCAUUCAUGGAGUCAAAGAUGCAGUGCAACUGGUGAAUACAAGAGAGGAAGUAGAAGAUCUCUGCCGUUUGGAUAAGCUGAUAGAUCUAAUCAUUCCACGUGGUUCAUCCCAGCUAGUCAGAAAUAUACAGAAAGCUGCAAAGGGAAUCCCUGUGAUGGGACACAGCGAAGGAAUCUGUCAUGUGUAUGUGGACACGGAUGCCAGUGUUGAAAAGGUCACGCGAAUAAUCAGAGACUCCAAGUGUGAAUAUCCUGCUGCCUGUAAUGCUCUGGAAACACUGUUAAUUCAUCGAGACUUGCUGAGAACCCCGUUGUUUGAUCAGAUCAUAGACAUGUUGAGAGUAGAACAGGUGAAGAUUCACGCUGGCCCAAAGUUUGCCUCUUACUUGACAUUCAGCCCCUCAGAAGUGAAAUCUCUCCGCACUGAAUAUGGGGACCUGGAGUGCUGCAUUGAGGUUGUGGACAGUGUCCAAGAGGCUGUUGAACAUAUCCACAAGUAUGGAAGUUCUCACACAGAUGUUAUCAUCACAGAAAAUGAGAAAACAGCAGAGUUCUUCCUCCAGCAUGUGGACAGCGCUUGUGUUUUCUGGAAUGCCAGUACCCGAUUCUCUGAUGGAUAUAGAUUUGGACUUGGUGCUGAAGUUGGAAUUAGUACUUCUCGUAUCCAUGCACGUGGACCAGUAGGAAUUGAAGGACUCCUAACUACAAAGUGGUUGCUGAGAGGGGACAAUCAUGUUGUUUCUGACUUCUCAGAGCAUGGCAGCAUGAAGUAUCUUCAUGAGAGCCUCCCUCUCCCUCACAGAAAUACCAGCUAAGAACACUGGGGAAGAAAGCCAGGGAUAAAAUGUUUACUGAAGAUGUUCAGGCUCCAGUGUGUUCUUGGAGGAGAGAGAUUGGUUUUUCAUCUUCAUGUUCUUAAUCCUUGUCCAGUACAUGGAAUACAUUGUGAUCCUAUCUGUGACAUAAUUCAUUUGUUGCUGCCUCUUGCUAUUUCCUUUGAUAGUAUCUGCAAAUAGACCUUGUUUGUCCCAGAGAGACUUCUUCAAAACAUACACAUACCAUAAGGAAAAGUUCAAAUGUCUGCUGCAUUCUUUUCACCCCGUUGUUCCCUCCGGCAAGUAUGCGUGGUGGUGGAGCAUACAUUUUUUACCUAGGCCUUUGUUUAGUUAAAACAUCUGUUUUGUUGAACAAACUUGGUAGCUUUUCUUCAGUCAUUGGAUCAUGGCAGCUCUUGAAAGCUCUAAAGCUUUCAUGAUUAUUUUCUUCGUAUUUGAUCACACUGUGAUUACUAUGCAUUUGGAACAUAUCUUUCACUAAUGUUUUGACCAAGCAAUCUUUUAUAUCUAAUUUUGUCAUAUUGUUGUAUUGUUGACAGUUGUAGGUAUCUAACACAAUGGUAUACAAUGUGAAUUUUGUUACCUAUUUGUACCAGAUGUUUAUUUCUCAUUGGUUUUAUAUGAAACAAUCCCUCUAACCCCAUCACCUAGACAUAAUGCAACUUUGAAGUUUAGAAAAAAAAUAUCCUUGAAUAAAAGCUUCUCCUUAUGUACUGAAA